AUGCUUCGGUCAGUAGUCAGGCGAGCCGGCCGUCCGCUGGCAGCGGGUGCUGCUGAGAGACGCGGCGUCAACAUGGCGGCCACAGCGACGGCGAGUCAAGACAAAAGGGAGGGCGACAUAUCAGACUCAUUUGCUUCUUUGGCUGGCGUCAAGAACGAGCCGCUUCCAGAUCAUUUUCGCCAGCUCAAGUUAUCACUGGUUGAGGGGCGGGAAGAGAAGAUUAUAGCGAGCUGGCACAGACUGCUUCACCGACUGGAGAUCGAGAACGAUGUAAUUGCGGAACUAGGCUCAAAAGUGAUCCCAGAAGUUCGCUUUGAUAAUCUCGACGAGGACCUUUCCAAGAUAAAAGAUGCAAUCAAGAAGCGCGGCGCCGCUGUCAUCAGAGGGGUUAUUCCAGAAGAAGAAGCACGCCAGUACAAAUUCCAUCUCGAGGAAUACAUCCGCAAGAAUCCACAGACAAAAGGCUUCCCACAAAACGACCCGCAAGUCUGGGAGCUGUACUGGUCAGCGCCACAGCUCCAUGCCCGCAUAAAUCCCAACUUCAUCAAGGUUCAAAAAGCACUGAUGCAGUCGACGUGGUCGCUUUCCGACCCCAGCUCGCUCAUUUCCAUCUCCCAACCCCUGUCCUACGCCGACCGGCUCCGCAUCCGCCAGCCAGGAGACGCGGCCUUCGCCCUCGGGCCGCACAUGGACGGCGGCAGCGUGGAACGGUGGAUGCACGAGGGCUACGGCAGAGGUGGGGUAUACGACGCCGUGUUCGAGGGUGACUGGGAGACACGGUACGACCCAUGGGACGGGAGCACAAGGGUCAAUGCCGUCAACGACUUGUACAACGGCCUCGGGGCGUGCAGUGUCUUCAGGAUGUACCAGGGCUGGCUGAGCAUGAGCAGCGUCGGGCCACAGGAGGGCACCGUGCUCUUUAACCCGCUUCUGAAGCUCGCGACGGCGUACACUCUUCUCAGACCCUUCUUCAGAGCUAGGAAGACGGUCGACCUCGACGUCGCCAAGGGUGGCAGUGCCGAGCGGCUCGAAUUCCUCGCGCCUGAUAACUGGGAGUUCACGGCUGGUGACCAGAUGACGAGCGACAUACCCGGUGGCACCCCUGGGUAUGGCAUGGAGUUUCCCAAGCUGGCCAUGCAUCCGCACCUAGAGCUGGACCGAACGAUGGUACAUGCUCCGCGGGUGAAACCUGGUGACUUUGUUGUAUGGCACUGCGAUACCAUCCACGCCGUGGAUUUUGAGCACAAGGGCAAGAGUGACUCAAGCGUACUAUACAUCCCCAUCUGCCCAACUACUGAGAUCAACGCCAAGUAUGUCAGCAAGGCACGGGACGCCUGGCGUCGGGGAACUCCUGGGCCUGAUUUCCCGGGCGGUAAGGGAGAAUCGGAACAUAUUGACAGACCAACCGAGGACUUUUUGAGGUCGAUUGCCAACGCCGAUGGCCUAGCAUCAGUCGGGCUCGAGCCUAUUCCAGAGCCUGUGAGUGGCAGCAAAGGGGAAAAGGAGGUUGUACGGAGGGCAAAUCGGACGCUUGGAUUUGAGUGA